AUUUAGAGGUGAGACUUGUCAAACUUGAUUUUUCACACUGAGCCAACAUCAUGGCAUGCAUUUAUGGAGACAUCAUGAAAGUAGGCACCACUGGUGCAUCAAAGAAGACAGCAGAACAGGACAAACUAUCUGUAACGGGUGUUGAAGCCUCUAAAAAGCUGGCAGAGCAUGAUCUGGCCCGGAUGGAGAAAUACAAAACUAAAAUCAUUAAUGUUGGUAGGGCAAAGCAGAUGGACCCGGCUGUAAUUGCUGCUAUCAUAUCCAGAGAGUCCAGAGCUGGAGCCAUUCUGAAGGAUGGAUGGGGUGACCACGGCAAUGGUUUUGGUCUCAUGCAGGUCGACAAGCGCUAUCACACUCCAGUAGGUGCAUGGGACAGCGAACAGCAUCUCACACAAGCUACUGAGAUACUGAUUGGUUUUAUAAAAGAGAUCAAAGAAAAGUUUGCCAAGUGGAGCCAAGAACAAUGCUUUAAAGGUGGAAUAUCAGCGUAUAAUGCAGGUGUGAAGAAUGUUCAGACAUAUGAGCAUGUGGAUGAUCACACCACAGGCCAUGACUAUGGCAAUGAUGUUGUUGCCCGAGCCCAGUGGUUCAAAAGCAAAGGAUACUGAUUACUGAUAGAUACUGAUAGAUGAUGGAGAUGAAUAACUUUAAUAUGAUCUACAUCUAAAAUUUCUUUCUGUGGUUUGUGGUGCCUUUUUAUUGCUUACUGUAUUAAUUUAGUUUGCUUAAUAUGCUUAUACUAGAUUGCUAAAAUAAUCUCUUGGUUAAGUUUGAGGUGUUUUAAGUCAUGGGAAUUUAAUUUUACUAAUAAGUUUAUUUAACAAAUAAAGUGUGUUAUUUG